AUGAGCUUGCUUUUGAGAAUAAGACAUUGUUUACCCAAUGGUUUGUAUAGGCAGCCUCUUUAUGGACGCAUAGUAGGUUUGAAUGCUAGGAAAUUAAAUGUAUUUUCAAGAAACUUUGGUCAAGCGGCAAGAAAAGAGGAGGAGGACGUAGAGGAAGUGGAAAUUGAUCAGAGAAGUCUCCCGGCUGAUUUUGACCCUGCAACAUUUGAUCCCAAUGAGAAUCGUGGCCCUCCAUCAGAGAGAGUUUUCAGGCUUGUUGAUGAAGUGGCAUCUCUAACACUAGCCGAAGCUGCAGAAUUGGGUCUCGUUCUGAUGAAGAAAAUGGGUAUAAAGGAGAUGCCUAAUGUGGGAUAUUUGAAAGCCGGGACUGCAAAUUUGGCUGGAAUGGCAGCAAAAGCCUCAACAUCAGUCAAAGAGGAGGUAAAACCAGAAAAAACUGUAUUUGAAUUGAAACUGUUGUCCUAUGAAGCAGCUUCCAAAAUUAAAGUAAUCAAAGAAGUUCGGGGCUUUACGGAUUUAGGUUUGAAGGAGGCAAAGGAUAUAGUGGAAAAAACACCCUCUAUUAUAAAGAAAGGUGUUUCAAAGGAAGAAGGAGAACAGAUAAUAGAGAAACUGAAAGCACUUGGUGCAAAUGUUGUUAUGGAGUGA